GGUCCUCGCUCAUACACUUUUCCAGAAAAGCGUCGUAAAAUUCAGAACCAGGCAACUUCUCACGUCAACUGUCUUUAGACGUUUGUAACACAUUGCAAGCAAAACUUACAUUCAGCUUUUGUGAAUGCGUUAAAGAUUGUUUCUUCCACCCACAAUGCUCCACUAAAGACCCUGAUGUCUUCAGCUCACCUUUGGCUGGAAGAUGAUGCAGAGCCACAGGUCAGGAAGCAGCGAACUGGAGUUCAUCAUGUACUCUCCUCGUGUGCAUUUUAGUAACCCUGAUUUGGGCACAAUUAAUGGGCCAAAAAGAGACUCCCAUCAACUGACUUGUGGAUCUAAGCCAAAUGCAAGCUGGGAGAGAAGAUGUAUGAGGAAGCAGAGGAGAAGGACAAAUGAUGAAACCUUUAGUCCCAAAAGACGAAAGCUGAUGGGAGACGACGGAGUAGAAAUAGCUGAGUAUCCAAGUCCGAAAGUGAGCCACAGAUGGACUGUGAACUGCACCACCCCUUCCCCUUUUUCUGAUACCAGCCGGGUUCAGUCACAGACUGAACCCAGGACAGAGGAGAUGGGUCUGCCCUUCACUGCCUCUCCCUCUCCAAUACUCAGAGUUCACACAGAGGUGUCAGGCAUGGAGGUAGCUCAGAGGAGACUGCAGGAGAUAGAAGAGAGGAUAACUUUGGAAGAUGAUGGCGAAGAGGAGCUGGAUGUGGAACCAGCUUCACGCAGGCCAGUGCUGGUGAUGUCUGACAGCCUAAGGGAGGGGUUACAGCGUGGGAUUGGUGACAUUCUACCACAUACAGUGGCACAGUCAAUGAGCCGCUCUUGUAUGGAACUGGUAGUAUGGCGCCCUCCAGAGGACCCUCUCACCCAGAGGCUAAAAGACUCCCUACAAAGACAGCAGCGUAAGCAGCUGUCAGUGAGCAGACAGACUCUCACUCCUAUACCAUCUAUCAGCAGCCCCCUCAGCCCCACAUCCCUACCCCAGUUCACAGCAACCAAUGUGCAAACUUUCAGCCCCUUGUUCAGCAGCCCUGCAGUUCUCAAUUGUGGAGAGGAAGACAUGGAGUUAUAGAGGGAAAUCUUUCAAAGAUCUGACUCUUUGUAUUCCGUGUACGGAAUAAGCUUUGAACUAAUUCAGACUGCUCAGACAUUAAAGGAAUAGUUCACCCAAAAAUGAAAAUUUGCUAAUAAUUUACUCACUCUCAGGCCAUACAAGAUGUAUCUGAGUUUCUUUCUUCAUCAAACAGAAUUUAAGACUUUUAGGAUUUAAUUUCAGGCCUCCUCCUCUAAACUAUGCAAGUGAGUGUACUAAAGUUUUUUGACGGUCCAAAAUGCAUAUUUAGGGUGCAUCAAAAUAAUCCACACGACUCCAGUCGACAAAUAAUAUUCGGAUUAUAUGAUUAAACGAUUUAUUAUUUUGUGAAACAAAACAAUACUUAUAUACUUUUUAACUACAAAUGUUCACUUCCAUACAUCUCUGUGACGUGCACUCAUGAGAGGGAUGACGUAAGCUCGUUGGUAAGGUCACGCGUCACGUGGAGGAGGCAGGAAGUGCGACAUUGUUUACAAUAGAAACUUGCACGGAGCACAGACCAAGCGCCGUUCACAACAAAACAUUCCAAAACAAUAUAAAAUAAAAAUUAAUUUCCUAAUAAUAAUAAUAAUAAUAAUAAUAAAAACAAUUUAAACAAUGACGCGCUUCCUGACUCCUCCACGUGACCUUACCAAUGAGCUUACGUCAUCCCUCUCAUGAGCGCACGUCACAGAUGUACGGAAGUGAACAUUUGUAGUUAAAAAGUAUAUAAGUAUUGUUUUGUUUCUCAAAAUAAUCGAUCGUGUGUGUUCAGAAGAACUUUAUUUGUCGACUGGUGUCGUGUGGAUUAUUUUGAUGCACCCUAAAUAUGCAUUUUGGACCGUCAAAAAAUGGGAGGACAUUCACUUGCAUUGGAGGAGGAGGAGACCUGAAAUGAAAUCCUAAAAAUCUUAAAUUCUGUUUUGAUGAAAGAAACUCCGAUACAUCUUGGAUGGCAUGAGGGUGAGUAAAUUAUCAGCAAAUUUUCAUUUUUGGGUGAACCAUUCCUUUAAGCUUUGCGCAAGUAUCCGAUUAGAUUUAUUUGUGCCAUGUUUUUUUUUUUAACCUGCUCUUUGGCUGUUGGCGAACACUUUCUUUGUUGCUGGGACCAUACUUGCACUAGUAAAAAUGAGAAAUAUCAUAUGUGAACAUUAAUUUUUGAUGUUUAUUCCUGUGGUACAUUGGUCAAAUGUGCUGUCACAGUUUUAUAGUCAUUGCAUAGCUUAAAGUCUUCUGUUUGCUGUUAAUAGUACUUAUCCUAUAUGAACUCAUUACUGGUUAAUAUUGCAAGAAACUUCUGUUUUGUCUUUACACAGUUGUACAUCCAAUAAAAUCUUAUUCCCCCUA